ACGAAAACCAUUGCUCAAAACGCUACCCCUAAUCACCUAAGUGUCGUAAAUAUUCUUGCCUAAAAAAAUUGUUUGUUUUGCUUGAAGGGCCUCACUAAAUUCUCAAAUGAUGUCAAAGCAACAUUUUCGAGGUUUUGUGCACACACCCAAGCAAGAGGCUUCAACAUACACUUCCAGGACUUGCUUUUUUUAUUUUCCAUCUUUGCAAGUAAGAAGCUUUGCCAGCCACUUCAAGGAAUACUUGCUUCCUACGCCGCCCUUUUAUUGCCAGCAAAAAGUUCUACCAGCAACUUCCACGGAUCAGGGCAUAGUGGCACACCCCCAAGUUGUCCAGAUAGAGAGGUGGCGCACGGAAGGUUCAAGUGCUGAUGGGUUGGGUGGAUGGAUCCUGCAGAAGAUGGAGGAGGGAGGGGUUGAUGGGGAAGAAAGGGUGGAGGAGGAGCGGGGAAGGGAGAAAAGUCUCCAGAGGUUUUGUGCCAUGUGUUCACACACACUGGGUUGCGUCGGUUACGAUUGGGAGAAAAGGGAAUCUGGCCAUUGGUCACUGAUGGCUGGAGUGAUGCGCCUAUGGAAUGGUUGGGGGGUCCAGAACCUAGUGCUUGUUAGCUUCGUGCUGCAAGUGUUCCUGCUCAUGCUCGCCGGGAUGCGACGGCGGAACAUAUCCAUUGUCCCAAGGAACCUCCUCUGGCUAGCAUACCUGCUGGCAGACUACAUAGCGGUAUACAUCCUUGGCCACAUGACCUUCUUCGGCAAGUCGCACGUACACCAACAGCUCAUGGCGUUCUGGGUGUUAGACUUUGUAACGUAG